CCCGAAGUUUGGCAGAAAGGUAGGGGGAACAUCAUCAUCAACGUCGUCGGAUAGAAUCUACAGGUCUUCCCUUGAGGAUUAAAGUGAUUUGUGGCUGCCCGCAUCCUUGUCUUAUACAUAUCUUUGUGACUAACAAUCGUCUAAAAUGCGUCAUAUCGCUGCUUACCUUCUCCUCCAAAUCGGUGGCAAUGCCUCCCCUUCUGCUAGUGAUGUCACGAAGGUGUUGGCCGCUGUCGGCAUAGAGUCCGACGAGGACAGGCUUGAAAAACUCAUCUCCGAGCUCGAGGGCAAGGACAUCAAUGCUUUGAUUGCUGAGGGUUCUGCUAAGCUUUCAUCGGUUCCUUCUGGUGGCGCUGUCUCUGCUGCAGCUCCCGCAGCAGGUGGUGCCGCACCUGCCGCUGCUGCUGAGGAAGAGAAGAAGGAAGAAAAGAAGGAGGAGAAGGAGGAAUCCGACGACGACAUGGGUUUCGGUCUCUUCGACUAAUUACGUUAAGAUAUGUUGUUCUUGUACACGCGAGCAGAUACUCCGUAAUAAUGAGCAGUUUCCUCCCAUGGACCAAUGAGCGCAAA